AUUCGCCGCUCCGCAUUCUUCAUCUUCCACAUAAACCCUAGAAAAUUUCGCUUAACCAAAUCCCUUUCCAAUUUGGAAGUAUGAGAGCUCCAAUCAGAGGAGGACGUGGUGGUGGAGGUUUCAGUGGCGGUCGUGGAGAUGGAAGCGGUAGAGGAGGAAGGGGAAGAGGAGGAUUUAGCGGAGGGAGAGGUGGAUUCGGUGGAAGAAGUGCCGGUGGUGACAGUGGGAGAGGACGUGGUGGUGGAAGAGGUGGUGGUCGAGGUGGCGGCAGAGGUCGUGGUGGUAGAGGUGGUGGGAUGAAGGGAGGGAGUAAGGUUGUAGUUGAGCCACAUAGACAUGAAGGCGUGUUUAUUGCUAAGGGCAAGGAAGAUGCUCUUUGUACAAAGAAUAUGGUGCCUGGAGAAGCUGUAUACAAUGAGAAGAGGAUCUCUGUUCAGAAUGAAGAUGGGACAAAGGUUGAAUAUCGCGUUUGGAACCCCUUUAGAUCAAAACUGGCUGCUGCUGUUCUUGGAGGAGUUGAUAAUAUUUGGAUGAAACCUGGCUCGAAGGUGCUUUACUUAGGAGCUGCAUCUGGCACAACUGUCUCUCAUGUCUCCGAUCUUGUCGGCCCAGCUGGAGUUGUGUAUGCUGUGGAAUUUUCUCACAGAAGUGGUAGAGAUUUGGUUAACAUGGCUAAGAAGCGUACAAAUGUUAUCCCAAUUAUUGAAGAUGCUAGACAUCCAGCCAAGUACAGGAUGCUUGUUGGUAUGGUUGAUGUCAUAUUUUCUGAUGUUGCCCAACCUGAUCAGGCAAGAAUUUUAGCACUCAAUGCAUCCUAUUUCUUGAAAUCUGGUGGCUAUUUUGUUAUUUCUAUCAAGGCUAACUGCAUAGACUCGACUGUUCCUGCUGAGGCUGUAUUUGCUUCUGAAGURAAAAAGCUUCAGGCCGAGCAGUUCAAACCAAUGGAGCAGGUGACUUUGGAACCCUUUGAGCGAGACCAUGCUUGUGUUGUUGGUGCCUAUCGUGUGCCGAAGAAGCAAAAGUCUGCAUCAUAGAUAUCGGGAAUCUCGUUCUCGUGUGUUGGUUUAGGUUAUUUUGCUUGUUGUUUUGGUAGUUUAUUUGUGUAACAKAAUACAGACUUAAAUUUCUUGGUGUGCAAUGGUCUCUUUGGAAGUUGUUUGUAGUGCUAAGAAACUUAAAUUUUGAAUGGAUAUGCUAAGGGGCUGUUUACCUAA